AUGACCGGCGACACCGCAACAGAGCUCGAACUCGAGCCGACGAGGACUCGCUCGACCGCCAGGACUCUGCCGGAGAAUGGAAUUGACACGACGCAGGCGAUCAAGGUGGACAACCGAGCACUGUGGUCACUCCUGGCGCAGCAUCUGUCGAGCAGUUGGGGCGCGCGGUGCUACGAGUUCGCUUCGUACCUCUUCCUCAUCCGGCUGUUCCCGAAUACCACCCUCCAACCGUCCAUCUUCGGGUUCUUCACGACCGGCGCAGCCAUCCUCUUCUCCGGCUCGGUCGGACACCUCGUCGACAUCUACCCUCGCCUGCGCUUCGUCCGCGGGUCCAUCGUCGCUCAGAAGGCUACUGUCGGCGCCUCUUAUGCCAUCUUCCUCGCCUGCUUCUUGCGACUCGAAGGAGGACGACAUACACCCGCCUUGAUUGGUCUCUUCGUGGUUCUUACCCUGCUUUCCAUGCUGCUCAACCUCGCGACAAUUGGCAUCUCUGUUGCAGUCGAGCGAGAUUGGGUGACCAUCAUCGCUCGAGGAGACAGCAACCAGCUCACUCGCUUAAAUACCUUCCUCCGCCGUAUCGACCUUCUCUCGAAACUGCUCGCACCGCUCUUCGUCUCGCUCCUUACGACCGCCGCUUCGUACACUUUCGCUGCGGCGUUCUUGCUCGGCUUUGCGGCUGGAUCGAUGGUCUUCGAGUUCAUCUGGAUAGAAAUCGUCUACCGCCGCCUGCCUGUCCUCGCCGGCGCUCCGACCAAGGCUACGAUCGCCGCCACAGGAGAAGACAUCACCGCACUGCCGAACGACGCCAUGCCACCCCGCCCUCUGCUCCGCCUCAAGACCCGCCUCGUCGCCGAAAUCCAGAACUGGCUCACCUUCGUCCGCGCACCCAUCUUCUUUUCCUCCCUCGCAAUAUCCCUCCUCUACCUCACCGUCCUCUCAUUCGACGGCUCCUUCCUCGCUUGGAUCAAGGCGCACCACUACUCGGAUGCGUUUAUUGCGGGUAUGAGGGGGAUCGGAGUCGUGACUGGGCUGCUGGGGACGUUGGUCAUGCCGCUGCUGGAAAAGAAGAUUGGGCUUGUCCGGGCGGGGACGUGGAGCAUCUUUUCCGAGGUCGUUACGCUCAUCCCGGCCGUCGUUGCUUUCUUCGUCAAGCCGUCGGCGGAGGGAAAGCGAGGAUCGGCACUGACGGAUGCGCUGCUGUUCACGGGCAUGGGGCUGAGUCGCAUCGGGCUGUGGUCGUUCGACCUGUGCCAGCUAAAGGAGCUCCAGCAGGCCCUGGACACGCACCCGGAGAAGAACGCCUUGAUGGCUCUCCAGUUCUCGCUUCAGAACGUGCUCGACCUCGUCAAGUACGUCGUAACUAUCAUCCUGCACCGACCUUCGCAGUUCAAGUGGGCCGUGGUGAUCUCCUUCGCGUCAGUCACAGCCGGCGCGCUGAGUUACCUCGUUUACGCACGAAAAGAGCGCGGACACCUCGUUCACCUCGAGUGGACGGAGGCGCUGUUGCGCAAGACGCGGUAG